CAAAAAUACCUAGGACUUCAUACAGAUCCUCGUUACAAUCCUAAAACAGUGCAGCUGUUGGCUGGAGUGGCAGAUCAAACUAAGGAUGGCAUAUCAUUCUUAACAUUUGGAAAUGAGGUCUUAAGCUAAGUCCAGAAGAAAGAGUUGAUGUUUCACUUACUGGAGAAUCACAACAGAGCUAUACUUAAUAUCUGAAAGUUAUGUGGGGGGAAAAAAGAGCACAGAGUUGUAGUAGGAAAAAAAGAGAUAGAAGAAUUGUAAACACAUGGCUUGCUUUGUGUGCUUUUGAAAGGUAACAGUACAAAAGAAAUAAGAGGAAAGGAAACUUUAAAAAAUGUUACAGAUAAAAUGCAAGGUGAGUGAUUUGAUAUUGUUAUGGACUCUGUAGUGUAGCGGGUUCACUGGAUGAUACUUGAGUAGCAAUUGGGUGGGAAGCUCUAUCAUUCUGUUUAAUCCAGCUCCUGUUAUCUCCAUCCUAAUGGAUAAUGAAGGAUCACAGGGGAUAUCCCUGCUCUUAGGCAUUGCAAGUUGAAUUGAAAGGAAAUUGAAUGUGUCUUGUCUCCUUUUGCUGUAGGCACUGUUAAAGUGAGUCCUCUGAAGACGGCUUCUUUCAGGUUCAGGCUUCUACGAAUGCAUUCUACAGAGAUCGUCACUUGAUUCUGUCAGUUAUAAAGCUUACUGCUUAGGAAUUAAUUUGUAUGUCAGGUUUACGCUUGUAUGUGAGGUUGAUUUCCUUUCAAGAAUUUUUGGCAUUUGAAUCUGUUUUGUGUACUCCAGAUGCAAUAUUCAUUGUUGCUUUUCAGUUAUUCGACAAGGCUGGCAAUGGAGAAGUAACAUUUGCAAAUGUCAAAGAAAUAUUUGAACAAACUAUUAUUCAUCUUCAUAUCCCCUUCAACUGGGAUUGUGAGUUCAUUCGACUGCAUUUUGGACAUAACAGGAAGAAGCAUCUUAACUAUUCAGAGUUCACUCAGUUUCUUCAGGAGCUGCAAUUAGAACAUGCAAGACAAGCCUUCGCAUUAAAGGACAAAAAUAAAAGUGGUAUGAUAACUGGGUUGGACUUCAAUGACAUCAUGGUUACCAUUCGCUCACAUAUGCUUACUCCAUUUGUGGAAGAAAAUUUAGUUUCAGCAGCUGGUGGAACUGUUUCACAUCAGGUCAGCUUCUCCUAUUUCAAUGCAUUUAAUGCCCUUCUGAAUAACAUGGAUCUUGUUAGGAAAAUCUACAGUAAUAUAGCAGGUACAAGAAAAGAUGUUGAAGUCACAAAAGAGGAAUUUACCCACUCUGCAAUCCACUUUGCACAAAUUACGCCGCUGGAAAUAGAUAUUCUCUACCAACUUGCCGAUUUAUACAGUGUUACAGGGCGCUUAACUAUGGCAGAUAUAGAGAGAAUAGCACCACUGGCUGAAGGUGCAUUACCUUACAACUUGGCAGAACUCCAGAAGCAGCAAUCUUUUGGAGAGUUUGGCAGGCCUAUCUGGCUCCAAGUAGCGGAGUCAGCUUACAGGUUCACUUUGGGCUCAAUUGCUGGAGCUGUGGGUGCGACUGCAGUAUAUCCCAUAGACCUGGUGAAAACUCGUAUGCAGAAUCAGCGCUCCACUGGUUCAGUCGUAGGAGAGUUGAUGUAUAAAAACAGUUUUGACUGCUUUAAAAAGGUUUUGCGUUUUGAAGGCUUUUUUGGUCUUUACAGAGGCUUGUUACCACAGCUGAUAGGUGUUGCUCCAGAAAAGGCUAUUAAGCUAACUGUUAAUGACUUUGUCAGAGACAAAUUUACUAAGAAAGAUGGUUCCAUUCCACUUCCUGCAGAGAUCCUUGCUGGAGGCUGUGCAGGAGCUUCCCAGGUCAUCUUCACUAAUCCUCUGGAGAUUGUAAAGAUUCGGUUGCAGGUAGCAGGAGAAAUUACUACAGGACCCAGAGUCAGUGCCCUCUCUGUUAUAAAAGAUUUGGGCCUUCUUGGCCUUUAUAAGGGUGCCAAAGCAUGUUUCCUCAGAGACAUUCCCUUUUCUGCAAUCUACUUUCCUGUUUAUGCUCACAGUAAAAUGAUGCUUGCUGAUGAAAAUGGCCAUGUGGGAGGACUUAAUCUCCUUACAGCUGGAGCCAUUGCAGGUGUGCCUGCUGCUUCUUUGGUAACCCCUGCUGAUGUCAUCAAGACAAGACUGCAAGUGGCAGCUCGCGCUGGUCAGACAACAUACGCUGGAGUUAUUGACUGCUUUCGGAAGAUUCUAAAGGAAGAAGGCGCUUCGGCUUUUUGGAAGGGAGCUGGAGCUCGUGUCUUCAGAUCUUCGCCCCAGUUUGGUGUUACUUUGGUCACUUAUGAACUUCUGCAGAGAUGGUUUUAUGUCGAUUUUGGAGGCCUCAAACCUUCUGGAUCAGAGCCCACCCCCAAAACUCGGAUUUCAGAUCUUCCUCCUGUUAACCCUGAGCACAUAGGUGGAUACAGACUUGCUACAGCUACGUUUGCUGGAAUAGAAAGCAAAUUUGGGUUGUACCUUCCAAAGUUUCGAUCUGCCAUCACCUCAGCUCAACCCAGUAGCAGCUGAAUCCUGGAACGAUGUUUCAACCUAACAAAGUGAUGUGGUGGAAAAAAUUCACCAGAGUAGGAACUGUAUUUUUUUUCCAGUCAGCUGCAUGUUGUUCUAGCUGAACUGAGCUUGCAAAUCUAAUUACUCCUUUCUGAUAUGAUACAUACCUGCAUUUAUUUAUUUGCACACAAGGAACUGAUUGAAGCUGAGGUUCUAUGCCUUAAUUUAACCAGCGGCAUGAAUCUGUAGCCUAGACUUUGCCUUGCACAGCUUGCAUUUAAUGUUACUGUACAUAUUGUACAUCUUUGUACAGAGACAUCAUGGCAUCUGUAUCAAUACCCAUUUAUACAACGGGUAUUGCAGUUCAAAAUAAUUUGAAAUGUACAGAGUGUUUUGAAGGCAUUUUGUUAACAAUCGUGACAAUAAACUAUUUAAAACCACUUCAGUCAGUUCACUGCUUUGUGGUUACGGACAAGUUGUCCAAUUGCUUGGGUUUUCCCUCCACAGAUUACGGAUCAUAGAUUAAAAUGUACAGAUUAGAUGCACCCAUGUAAUGAAUAUACAGUGCAGCACAUAGCCUCUGAAGGAACACAUUUCACUGCUAAUUACAGCAAAGGUAUUAAAAGGCCAUGUGCUGGCUUGUAAGUGCACGAGAAGACAGUAGUUAGAUGAGCACAUGCAGUAUUUUAUUUUGCAGCACUGCUUUGUAACAAGGAAUUCUCUCAAAAUACAAGGUAAUACUAGAUGCGUAAUCGAUCUUACCCCUAUGGCAGCAUAUUUAAAACACAGUAUUUGCGAGUUACUAGUGGCCUCAAGAAUUUUUUCAGGAUUUACCAAGUGAUUUUUCCCAAAUUGAAAAUUUUAUUAAAGUUGAACACAUUCUCUGUAUUUCUAGAUUGUUUUAUCAUUGAAAGAUUAGGUUAUUCUGGAAAACGGACAACCUUACUUUAAUAUUCUUCUAAUAUACAAAACUGAUUGUUUAUACUUCCCAUUGGGUGGAAAGGGGAGGGGAAAGAAAAAGCUUGAACUAUUUCUGGCUUAAUGUCUGCCAAAAGUUGAUAUGGUGUAAUUUUUAAAUGCAAAGAUGUCAGAGGAAAUCGGGGAGUCUAGAUUUCUACAGCCACAGAGGAAAAGUAGUUAUAGUACCCCUACCGCCAGAGAAGAGAGGGGUGGGUUGCCAGCCUUGCUUACUGAAGUAUGACAACCUCCCAUCUUUAGUUUUACAUGUUUCAUUCAGGGUAAACCAUCCCGCAGUACAGUGUGUCCCAGCGCUAUGUUAGUUUCUUGCUGAGGUGACAGCAAGUCAACAUGAAGAGCUUUAGUCAGCUGAUGAAGAAAUGGCUCCUUAAAAACUGAACACUGCAAGCACAGAGAAGCCCUCCUUCAGUUCUAGCCUCUAAGCAAGAUGCAGAUUUGGUGCUAUUUAGUGAGCUAGAGGUUACAAUAUGUUAAACUUGGGAGUUUGACCAUUAUUCUGCAUCAUGCAGCUUCCUGUCCUUACUUGGAGUUUUUUUUCCUGUUCAGGUUAAAGAAUUGCCUGUUCUGUGCCAUUUUCUACAUAGAGACAGGCUUCCCAGGAACUCUCUCUUGUAUCUCUGUUUUGUUCUGCGCUUUUCUCAAUUAGAUACAAAAAUGGUAGGUACCCACUGGCAUUUCAUCUUAGUCACAGCUUGUUGACCGACUUGAUCAAGGCCUUAGGAGACUUUGCAAUGCAAGACAGCAUUUGUAUUUCUUAUAGCUCCCAAACUGGAUAGUGUGGCUCCCAGGAUGAUCACUUACAGUAUCUAGCACCACUGUUGGUCUCAGUGUUGCAGGUAUGGGCUUUACAACAUUUUUAACCUGUACUCAACUAUUUUGUGAGGGAGGAACACAAGCAGGAAUGAAUACAGAUUAGUAUUGAAAUGUAAUAAUUGAAAAUUACCAAAAGGUUGAAAUUAGGGAAAACUGAUGCCAUAUGACCUAUAUGUUCAUGCCACAAUCCAUUGAAAAAAAGCCUUACCUACUGGAUUUCUGGUAACAAAGUCUGAAGGAAAUGUAUUCAUUAUUAAAAGAGAAUUAACAAUUUUAGUGAAAAUAAACAAACCCAAACCUCACCCAAAACUGAAAAACCCUAGCCAACCAUGCAAAACAGCAGGACAAGAAGAAUUCUUGUGCCUCAAGGGUAAAAAUCAUCACAUGGUGUGCCUGUUCUUUAGGUAGUUCACAUGUUUCUCAACUGAACAGAUAGCUGCAGUCAUAAGGUUGGUAUUUACCUUGUAUGUUUUCCUCAAAGUGAACAGCAUGACUUUUUACUGAAGGGGGACUUUUGACAAGUCAACACCAGUGGAAGCCUAAAUAUAUUUCACUUUCAAGCCCAGUGAAAAAGAGAGCCUCCUGAAGACAGAACUGCUGUGACUGCUGCCUCUGUCUCUGUGAGCUGCUCGCAACAGAACUGAGACAAGGAGAAAUAGGAAAAAAAAACCCCAAACCAAACCCCAACAACAAAACCAAACUUAAACCACAAACAACAUAGAAACAAUAAGAAUACUUCUGGACCUAAAGCUGAUUAUGGAAUACAAACCUAUUUCCUACUUUUAAGCAAAACAAUAAACUUGUAGCAGAUUAUGAAUACCAGAACCAAACUUAAAGUCCUAAGUUAAAGGCAUCAACACUGGUUAGUGCCUAAUUAGUACAAGUCAGAAUAUUUACUUAACCACCUUCCCCCCCCCCCAAAAAAAAAAACCCCAAACC